AUGAUGUCGUUAGUCGACGUGUGGGACAGGAACGAAGAAUCUCCAGCGACAAGUGAUCCCAACGAGCAGCCGCAUUACACAUCGCACCAUAUGCAACUGGACACGAUGCAGGAUAUGAUAUGCGAAGAAGAAACAGUGAGAUAUGUGCGAUUGAAAAGUGACGAAAACGGAAGCGGUGGAAACAACAAUAACAACAACAGCAUCAGCAAUAACAAUAACAGUGGCGUUAACAGUUCUUCGUCGAGCAGUAGUAACGGCAACAAUCUUCCGAUGGAUAAGGAUGAAAAGCGAAUGCGUCGCGAAAUCGCGAACAGCAACGAAAGACGCCGAAUGCAGAGCAUCAAUGCGGGAUUUCAGAGCCUUCGGCAGAUGCUACCACACCACGAGGGCGAGAAGUUAAGCAAGGCCGCGAUUUUACAGCAAACUGCAGAAUAUAUUUAUUCGCUAGAGCAAGAAAAAACACGUCUGCUAUCGCAAAAUUGCCAGUUGAAACGAACGAUUGAUCAACAAGAUCAUAAUGGUGGGGCAGAUUUGUCGUCUAACGCGACACAAAUUGUUACCACCGGCACUAUAACAACCGUCUCGGCGAAUGGCGGUACGGUGAUCUCUCAGCAGCAACAGUCAGGAACAAAUCCGGUGACUGGCAGUGCGCAACCAGGUACUGUAGUGGCAACGGUCGCCAAAAAGCGUAAAUUCGAUACCAUCGUGACCGCGGCACCAGUAUCCGAUUCUUCAGAUGAGGGACUAGGAUCAAUGUCACCGGAACCGGUAUCAUUACGCGGAACCAGUGGAACCGCCAACGGAAACAGCUUGUCCAGCACAAACUCAGGCACGACAACGAGCUCCAGCCCCUCCACAAAUGGGAGACAAUGUACGACAGGAAAUUAUCCCGCAAAAGACUAUCUUGAAUUGAAGCAUCAGCUGGAGGUAGAACGACGACAAAAAACGCUGAUUGAAGAACGGCUAAAAGCUCUCGAACGGCAAUUCUACCCUGCUCGGAUACAGUAUCAGGAAACACCGGAACUUAUAGUGGCUGAUUGUUCUGGCGGAAUGAACGAAGCGUCAUCAGCAACAAUCGCUCCCGAAGAAGUUGCAGUGUCGAUCAUACACAAACCUAUUAGCAGCAGUGCAACCGUUGCGAACAAAGUUAUUUCUCUCGAUUCGAACAGUUUGGGGAAAACUCAACAAAUCGUGGUAUGCUCGAGCGAUUUGAUAGAAGAAACACUUUCCAUUCAGACUGUACCUGGCACGCCGAAGCAACUGAUGGUCCCCCUGAAGGAAGAAAAAAUGUUCAUCAAACGAUCUCGAUCCCGAUCACCAACAUCAGGGGAAUCAACAGUGGUGACGUUGCCACCGAAGAAAAACCGUUACCCGUCAAUCCUUGAAGCUGCGAUUAAAGCCGAGCCCAAGGUGGAAGUCGAACGCAUCGACUCACCAUCGUCGAUCGUAGUUAACGAUGAUCAGAUGAUCGUGUCGACGACGGGAUCGCAUCUGGUUGGUGCUGGUCCAAAUGUAUCCGCUGUACAGCAACCUCGUCUCAACUGCAACUACCGCCACAAUCUCGAAACCAUUGUGGAAGCAAUCCGUCAUCUCGAGGGAGAUGCAUUUGAUGCGGUUGUUCCAACCCAACAGCAGCAGCAGCAACAACAACAACAACAGCAGCAGCAGCAACAACAGUCAUUACAUCAACCAGUACAACAACCUCAACUCGCGCAACCUCCAAUAGCAUCUUCCCAAUCGGCGAUACAACAACGACCCAUGCAGGAAGUUCCACUGGCAUUAACGACAGCAAGCAAGCAUCAGCCAGCGCUGGUGCAAACGAAGACUGAUCGUGAUCACCGUCAAAGCCAGCUAGAACCGUACCUGAAGUUCCGCACAGCUCAAAGCCCUAAUGCGGGGACAUCACUGGCAGCAGCUGGCUCCAUUAAUGCGUCUAGUGCUGGUACGAAUGUCAUGACGGUGACACCGCAGGCUAGCUCUAUUAUUUCUGUAUCGACGAUUGCCCCGAGUGGAAGUAGUACACUUCCAGCUGGUACUAGCUGUCUUUCGCCCGCUGGAGUUUCGGUCCCGGCCACACCGACAACAAUAGUGACGAAUAGUUCAGUUGUUACUACAGCCGUACCACAACAACAGCGCUCACACACUCUCACGACAGCAGCGCAGAUCUUACAGCAACAGCAACAGUGCAGACCGGGUGUGAUCGUGGUGAAACAAAACUCAUGA